AUGGCGUCGAGUGAUUUCAAAGUACUGAUCCUCGGUGGAGGAAACUGUGGUCUCUCCUUAGCUACUGGCUUGAAGAAAGCUGGCAUCAACUACACGGUCUUCGAGCGAGACAGCGAGCAUGACUUCUUCCACCGUCCUCGCGACUGGGGCAUCUUGCUACACUGGGGCGCUGAGUACCUGGAAAAGGUUCUGCCUCCACAUCUUCGGGCGCGGAUAAAGGAGCCUCGCUGUGAUCCUCACCUUGAUACUUUGGCCGGCAUCCCGCCCGUCCCCUACGUCAACGCGCUCACCGUCGAUUUCUGCUAUUGCGAAAGAAAAGGGCCUAAUAGCGCUGAUCGUAUUCAGUUUGGCAAAUAUCUUGACAAAGUCAGCGUGAACGGCGAUACCGUUCAAGUAACCUUCCGAGACGGUACUACUGAAACCGGUAAUAUGGCUAUUGGCUGCGAUGGCUCGCAUUCAAAGGUACGCGAGUUCCUUGUCGGCCAUGAUGCCGCGCAGCUGGAGCCCGUGGACCUUACCAUGAUCAACUUCCCCAAGGGAGGCUACACGGCCGAGGAAGCCCGCCUCCUACAGACACUACACCCCGUGUUCAAAAUUGCGGCACACCCCGAUAAGCCAGGCAACGGCAUAUUAGGAGGUACAAAUCAUAUACACUCGUCCUCUACCUCUGCGGAGACAUUACUAAUCAUGGCUUCCACCGUAGCCCUCGACAUCGCCGACCCCAAUGACCCGACGACAUGGAAGUUCCAGAACUAUGUCGGCUGGUGGGGUCCGCCGUACGCCAAGGACCUACAAGAUCCGGAGACGCGGAUGAAUGUCUACCGGUCGUGGGUGUCUUCGUUCUGCGAGCCCUUCCGCACGGGCGGCCUAAAGCUCGCGGAAGGAGAGGUCGUACCAGUGUACCCAGGCCAGCAGUGGGCGCCGACAAUGGCGUGGGAUAACUAUGGCGGUAAGGUUACGCUCGCGGGCGAUGCCGCGCAUUCGAUGGUUCCUCAGCGUGGCCAAGGUCUCAACAACGCGAUCAAAGACGCCUCGGACAUUGUCGACGCUAUCAAGACAGUCACGUCUGGAGAGAAGACGCUAGAGGAAGCCAUCGCGGCGUACGAGGCAGAAAUGAAGCCCCGAGGCGCGAAAGAGGUUGCGCUGUCACUGGAGCAGGCUCUCAAGGCCAGGAAUCAGAGUACGUUAAAGGACAGCCCGCUGUUCAAGCUUGGGUGGCAGCGAGGCAAGGCUGAGGCUCCGGCUCCAACUCCGGCUCAUGCGGAGAAUGUUCAAACGUAA